UUCUUUUUUAAGAAUACUUUUUUUUUAGAUUAUAGAAGAAACCGAAACGAAUGAAAACGGAAUAUAUUAUCAAAAUAAACACAAUAAAAAAAAUUAAAGUGAUUGAAGUAAACUUUUUGGAUUUCAAAAUUUUUAGUGCUAACAAAAUUAAACAUAAACAGAAAUCUAAUCUGAAACAUAUUGCAAUUCAGAAAAAAACAAAUAGGACGAAAUUUUUCUACAAACUUUAAGAAGUUUCUAGUACAAUAAAAAAACGCCUUUUAUCCCUCAUAUUACAUCGUAGUUUGUUGAUACAUACAAGAAAAAAGAAAUACACCAAAAAAACGAAAACAUUGUAGACAAGAAAAUGUUCUUAUAUCUAUGAUCAAUUAUUACAAUCACCACAGAAUUUCGUACAACUUUUUGCCGCUGAAUUUCCAUUUAUCUCAUUCGAACGCCAACAGUUGGUACAAACUUUAACUGCCAUGUCGACGGCAUUCCUAACCGCCAUAGCGGUUAUACUCUGCAUUUUAUUUCGCAUUUUAAACGUCAACAGUCAACCCCUGAAACCCAGUGUUUGGUGUCUGGAUCAACAGUUUUUAGAUUGUCUAUAUAAAAUUGCUCCCGUUUUAAAAGAACCCUAUAUACCAACACGAUUGUGGGGUUUUAGUGGCCAUGUACAGACCGUCUUACACAGUAUAGUGGGACGCGUUAAAUGUCCUUGGCCUUUGGGCGAACGUGUUUAUUUAUCCCUGGAAGAUGGUUCUACAUUAACGUAUGAUUUGUAUCAACCUCUAAAAGAAUUUGAAGAUGACAUCACCGUUGCCAUAUGUCCUGGUAUUGGCAAUUCAUCCGAAAGUGUUUACAUACGCACAUUUGUUCACUAUGCUCAAUGCCAUGGCUAUCGUUGUGCAGUCCUUAAUCAUAUUGGUGCCUUAAAUAGUGUCCAAGUCACCGCCUCAAGAAUAUUCACAUAUGGCCAUACUGAUGACUUUUCCAUAAUGAUUGAGAAUCUAACGGAAAAAUAUAGAGAUACAAAUAUUGUGGCUGUGGGCUUUAGUCUGGGUGGUAAUUUGGUUACCAAAUAUAUGGGAGAAAAUGACAAGAACAAACCACAUAAUAUCAUUGGUGGUAUCUCAAUAUGUCAAGGUUACAAUGCCGAAGAAGGCACCAAAUGGCUAUUAAAUUGGCAAAAUUUCCGCCGCUUCUAUUUGUACAUUAUGACUGAGAAUAUGAAGAAUAUUAUUUUAAAACAUCGUCAUGUCCUGCUAUCGGAGGAGACACGCCAGCGUCAUAACCUUAAUGAGCGUGAAAUUAUUGCAGCCGCCACACUGCCCGAACUGGAUGAGGCAUAUACAAGACGUGUUCAUAAUUUUCCCACAACAACUGACCUAUACCGUUGGAGUUCCUCUUUACACUAUUUUGAUACAAUUGAAAAGCCAAUGAUAUUUAUAAAUGCCAAAGACGAUCCCUUAGUACCAGAAGAUUUAUUGCCGCCCAUAAAGAAUUUGGCAGCAUCUCGCCAAAAGACUUGUUACGUCGAAUUGGCCCAUGGUGGUCAUUUAGGUUUCUAUGAAGGAGGUCUUAUUUAUCCAAAUCCUGUUACCUGGUUAGAUCGUACAUUAAUUUCAAUGAUUGGAGCAUUAUUUAUGAUCCACAUAAAUCCCACAAAACAUCAGAUCUCAGCAACGCAUUAAAUGAGCUUACAACAAUAAAUUAGCUUUAUUUGUGAAAAUACAAAAAACAUUUAAGGGAAAACAUUAGAAUAUAAUAAAUAAUAACAUAGUUUUUUAAUAACAAAUUUAAUUUAUAUUUAAACAGAUGAAAACAUUUACAACCAACAAAAAAGCACACAUUAUAAUAAUAUUAAAUAUAACAAUAGAAUUUAAAAUAUAAACACACUUAAAUUUAUACAUAAUACAUAAAUAUAUUACAAACAAAACCAAAUUAAAAAUGUAACAGAUAAGUAUUGUGCUUUAAAAGAAGAAAGGAAAUUAAAAAAGAAGAAAAAAAAACUUAUUGUUAAAUAUUUAGAAAAAAAAACUUUAUUAACAAAAUUCUGUUUUAUGAAAACUUAUUUUGACAAAAAACGAUUUUUAGAUAUUAAAUAUAUAUAAUUCAACAACUUUACAAAAAACUAAAAAAAACCAACAAGAACAGUCUGCAUUUUAUGCUAAAUAAAAUUAAAAAACUUUAAACUUUUUUGAAAUAUUUACAUAUAACUUAAUGAAUAUAUAUAAACAAUCUUUAUUUUUAUUAUUUUUUUUUUAAAUUUUUGUAUAUUUAAAGCAUUCAUUCAUUUUAGUAUUAAUAAAUCAAUUAAUUUAUGAAAAAUCUAUUUUUAUUUUUUGUUUGUCUUUUUUUUAUAAUAUUGUUAAUUUUAUUUUAGAUUUAAAUAAAAAACAACAAUUUUUGUACUUUUUAUAAUAAUAUAAUAAAAAAAAUAACCUGUUUUUAUGUGUUAUUAUAAAAAAUAUUAUUUAACAAUUUGUUAAUUACGUUUUAUAUUAUUUUUUAUAAACAAUACAUAUAAACAAUAACAACUGCAACUAAUAUUUACGACAAUUUUUUUGGAAUUAAAUAUAUUUUAGGUAUUUAUUAAUAAAUAAAUAAUUACAACAGAUUUUGUGUGUGCGUGUGUGUUUUUUAUAAUUAAACAAGCAAAGUAGAAUUAAUUAAAAGCAAAAUUGAAACAAAAGUAAUAUAUAUAAAUUCUUAAUAUAGAUAGAAAGAAUUAUUUAUAUUCAUCAAAACAAUAAUUAUAAAAAUAAUAAUGAAUGUUGUCUGUGAGGAAAUAAAUUGUAAAAGAAAUUGGUUAUACUAAAUAAAACUAAAUAUUUGUCAAAAAAAUAAAACAGAUGGAAAUAA